AUGGACGACGCGAGACUGUACAGAUAUUACAGGUCCCGGAACAGUAAUCCUUUUCGAUGGCUGAUCUAUCAGAUUCUGAUCAGCGACGCGAAGCUCAGGCAGACGUUUAAUUUGGGUCCGCAUUGCGGCUUCGUUACGUUCAUCACCUGGCUGAUGAUACUGAUCAUCCUUCUCUGCUCGUUGCUGGUGACCAAAACGAUCGUUUCACAAUCAGACGAAAAAGACUUCCUAGAGUUGUACAAGGAAACGAAAAAGAAAAUCCCCCGGAAGAAAAGCGUGACGGACAUCAGACCGGCGUACAAUUGUAUUUAUAAACACCUGCAACAGACCGACGUGUUUCAAGAGAAGACGAGGAAAAUGCUCUGUAAGGAACAUCUAGAGCUAGAAAUACUGAACAGCAAAAUCAAUUGUAUAAACAAGCUGUUAAAGCCAGAGGCGCAGACUGAAUGGCGGCGGAGCAAAUUACCGAAAGUGUAUUAUCGUCCCAUUAACUCCCCCGCGUCGAAGUAA